GUGGCCAUCAAAGAGCCAGUGUCCUACGUACCCACUAGGAGUGUGGCUAGUCCUGGAACAAAGGCAAACAGCAGGGAAGUUGUGGUGGUAGGCCAGGUCCAUGCAUAGAGGUCCUGUGCUGAGGGUGGGGCAGGAAGCUGGAAGCAGAGGCGAGUGGAGCUACCGCUCAGAGACUGGAGGGCUGUUUCCUUGGCUAACCUAUAACCUCUGCUUCAAGGCUGACAUCUGUUCUGGAAACUGCAGUUUGGCUGGUCUCGCUCUGCACAGAGGAGCAAGUGGAUCCGAGGCAAGGAGGUGCCAAGGGCAGGGCCUACUCCAUACAACCCUGGCAGGCCUAUGUGUGAUGGCCACCGUGGUGUGGAAGCUGCUGCUGCUGCUGCUGCUGCUGUUGCUGCUGCUCUGGGACGGACCCACACUCCAGAACAGGAAGACAAAGAUGACUGUAGCCCACCAGACAAAUGGGCACCUCUGUGAAGAACACUCAGAAUGCCGCAGCAAGUGCUGUAUCAGGACCAGCUACAGGCCAAACAAGUUCUGCUCAGCCAAGUCCAUCUUCUUGCAGUGUGUAUCUUGGCGCAAGCAAGAAGGGGACGAAUGCAAAAGCCACUCGGAGUGCUGGAGCCUGUGCUGCCUCCCGCUGAGCGAGAACAGCCCUCCCCGCUGCACAAAGAGAACUGGCCUGCUGGCCUUGUGCCUGCCAGUGUGAAUGAACAUGAGCUUGUGCGACACAGAACUAAAACUGGACUUCAGAGAACAGACAGUGCUCUGCUCGCAUCCAUACUGUUCCUUUUUUUGGGUUCUGGAAAUCUGUAGGAAUUAGAGAUGUCUGUUGCCUAUCGUUAAUAUGGACUUGAGUCCUACAGCAUGAAGCUUCUGGGAACAAAUCAUGGGAUUGCUGCAAAAUUACUGCACAUAAAUAAAAACUGAUUGAUGAGGAA